AUGAGCCAUGAAGUGUGCCCUAAGCCAACGUACUCUGAACGUCUACCAGACGAUCAUGUGUUUUGCGAAUUUGAGUCGUUUCUUCAAACUGGAUUUGACGAUGCAAGAGUUCUUUACUUCUUCGAAGUGAGGCACUAUGAAAAGUAUGCUCAAGUUCAUGUAUGCAACACCAAGUUUGACAAUCUUAGCCAAGGAGAUCAUGUAUGGCAAGCUAACAUGUUGGAAGUCAACGGACGGUGGGAAGGCGAGGUCAGCGACGGUCCAUUUUUUCCCCUCACUUAUUGUGAUGAGAAUAAUAUCAGCAAGAAACUGGAUCUCGAGCCAGAUAUGUCUAAGGUCCAACGGACCCUGAACAUCCCUGUGAGGUUUCUCAAAUGGCGCUGGUUAUUAAGCGAGUAUCGAAAGAAAGCUGAUGGUCUGCCUCCUGCCUAG